AUGCCAGUGCCUGAGGUGGCCUCUGACAUCGCCUGUGCUGCCACCAUGCUGAGCCCCGUCCUGAACGCCUCCAACGGAGACGGAUCGGAGUCUGAAACCACCUCUGCCAUCCUCGCCUCCGUCAAGGAACAGGAGCUGCAGUUUGAACGCUUGACCCGGGAGCUGGAAGCCGAACGCCAGAUUGUUGCCAGUCAGCUGGAGAGAUGCAAGCUUGGCUCUGAAACUGGAAGCAUGACUAGCAUCAGCUCAGCAGAGGAGAAAUUCAGAUGGAAUAACCAAGAUGGACAGAAGGACAUAGAGGAGGAGCUCACGACCGGCCUGGAGCUGGUGGACUCUUGCAUCCGGUCGCUUCAGGAAUCAGGAAUCCUGGACUCACAGGACGCUUGCACAGGAGACAGACAAGGUCUUCUGUCACAAAGUGCUCUGCAGCUGAACAACCAGGACCCGUAUGCAGCCGCGGGUUACCAUAGCAACCAAGGCCUGGCGCUGGGGGAAUCAGUCGCCGGCCGCUACAAUCAGUCGGUGGCAUCUCCAACCAAGCUUCAGCGCCUGGGGUCGGUUUCCGCGGACAUGCCCAGCUACGCCACAUUACAGCGGGUAUCCUCGCCAAAACAGUCUCCUAGCCGCCUCGCCAAAUCCUACAGCACGUCCUCCCCGAUCAACAUGGUGGCGUCGGGGGCUGCCAGUGCCUCCUCUCCCCUGGCCAUGGGGGGUUCCGCCGGAGGAAACCACAACUCCUCACCCUUGCACCAUCUCAGCUCCGUCGUGGGCAACUACGCCACGCUGUCCCCCAAACGCAUGCUGCAUCACAUCGGAGCAGACACCUACAAGAUUUCCCACGAGCUGUACGCCAACGCCACGCUAAAGAGGCCCGGGAGCCUCGCAGGUAGAGGCUCCAGAGGGUCCUACAGUUCCCAGCACAGUCACCUGGGCUCUGAACUCAGACCCCUGCAGUCUCCGGAGCACCACAUCGACCCCAUCUAUGAGGACCGGGUCUACACCAAGUCCAACCUCAGAGGCCAAGACCCUGUAGUGAACCACUUGUACCAGGAAGUCCUCAGUUAUUUGCUUUCUCCUUACACUCCCUCUUUAGCCCCGCCCUCUCCCGGUGUUGACCCAAUCCCCUUGCAGCGAACGGGAAGCCAGAGCGCCGCUGGCACUUUUCAGAGGGCCAGCUUUGCCACAGCAGGAGGGGCAUCUGACUAUGGCAACCCGUACCGCACGCUGCAGUUCUGCCCCUCCACAGAGUCUCCCUACAGUAAAUCAGGACCAGCCCUGCCCCCUGAGCCUGUGCUGGGGCGCUCUCCGUCCGUGGACAGUAUUCAGAAAGAUCCCAGGUACGACCCCGAAUUCCUUGUGUGGAAUCAAAAUCAAGCCGAGCAAAGAAUGACAAAAGAGUUUGGCUGGAGGGACCCAGAGCUGCCGGAGGUCAUCCAGAUGUUGCAGCAUCAGUUUCCAUCAGUUCAGUCGAACGCCGCGGCCUACCUGCAGCACCUCUGCUUCGGAGACAACAAGAUCAAAUCUGAGAUUCGACGGCAGGGUGGGAUCCAGUUGCUGGUGGACUUGCUGGACCACAGGAUGACGGACGUCCACCGCAGCGCGUGUGGAGCUCUCCGAAACCUGGUGUACGGAAAAGCCAAUGAUGACAACAAGAUCGCCCUGAAGAACUGUGGAGGCAUCCCAGCUCUGGUGCGGCUGCUCCGGAAGACCACCGACGUGGAGAUACGAGAGCUGCUCACAGGCGUCUUGUGGAACCUGUCCUCCUGCGAUGCUUUAAAGAUGCCCAUAAUCCAGGACGCACUGGCCGUUCUGACCAACGCCGUGAUCAUCCCCCACUCGGGCUGGGACACGUCACCUCACACCCAGGACGACCGCAAACUGCACCUGCACUCGUCACAGGUGCUUCGGAACGCCACCGGCUGCUUACGGAACGUGAGCUCCGCCGGAGAAGAGGCCCGGAGGAGGAUGAGGGAGUGCGAGGGUUUGACAGACGCGCUGCUCUACGUGAUACAAACGGCUCUGGGGAGCAGCGAGAUCGACAGCAAGACUGUGGAGAACGGCGUGUGUAUUUUGAGGAACUUGUCGUACCGUCUGGCCGCGGAGACCUCUCACAACCACCAGGGGGGGUCCGAGGAGCUGGAUGGUCUGCUGUGUGACACUGGAGGGAAGGACGGCGAGAGCUCCGGCUGCUGGGGCAAGAAGAAGAAGAAGAAGAAGGGGCAUGAUCAGUGGGAUGGCGUGGGCCCUUUUCCAGACUUGGCAGAGCCCCCUAAAGGCAUCCAGAUGUUAUGGCACCCCUCCAUCGUGAAGCCCUACCUCACCCUGCUGUCAGAGUGCUCCAACCCUGACACGCUGGAGGGAGCGGCCGGGGCGCUGCAGAACCUGGCGGCUGGCAGCUGGAGGUGGUCGGUGUACAUUCGGGCAGCAGUGCGUAAAGAGAAGGGGUUGCCCAUCCUGGUGGAGCUGCUGAGGAUAGACAACGACAGAGUGGUGUGUGCGGUGGCCACUGCGCUGCGAAACAUGGCUCUGGACAUCAGGAACAAGGAGCUCAUAGGUAAAUACGCCAUGAGGGACCUGGUGCACCGUCUGCCUGGAGGGAGCAACAACAACAACAGCAGCAGCGGAGGAGGUCCCAACAGCAGCCUCGUGUCCAAAACUAUGUCGGACGAUACCAUCACGGCCAUUUGCUGCGCUCUGCACGAGGUCAUCACCAAAAACAUGGAGAACACUAAAGCCCUGCGGGACGCUGGGGGGAUUGAGAAACUCAUUGGCAUCGCCCGCAGCAAAGGAGACAAGCAUAGUCCCAAAGUGGUGAAGGCCGCAUCUCAAGUCCUCAACAGCAUGUGGCAGUACAGAGACCUGCGCAGCUUGUACAAGAAGGAUGGAUAUUCUCAGUACCACUUCAUUGGCUCCUCUUCGACGAUAGAACGGGACAGACAGCGACCUUACUCUUCGUCACGCACCCCUUCUAUCUCUCCGGUCCGGACAUCACCCAACAAUCGAUCAGCGAGUGCGCCUGCUUCCCCCAGAGAGAUGAUGGCUCUAAAAGAGCGGAAAGCCGACUAUGAGUCAACGGGCAACGCCACGUACCAUGGCAACAAGGGCGAGCACACAUCCAGGAAGGACGCUAUGAAUGCUCAAAUCUCAGGAGGAUCUUCAACUCUUCACAGAGGAGCGUACGUGUCGCCAACUGACGAUCUUAAAUAUAACCAGAUUGCAUCUCAAGGGUUGCCGUCCGAACCGUAUCCUCCUUUCCAGAACCCUCCUCCACCAGACGCUGGUAACUAUGAGGACCAGGCCUUUUACGACCCACAGGUUCACCCUGGAGGGCGCCCCCCGCAGGGAGAAAUGCAUCUACAAGGCCUCAAAUCCACUGGCAACUAUGUGGACUUCUACUCAGCCUCACGGCCCUACAGCGAGCUCAACUACGAGACCAGCCACUAUCCGGCUUCUCCGGACUCUUGGGUCUAG